AUGAGCGAGGCCAAAAAGGCGGUAGAGAAACAUGCCAAUGGAAAACCCGUAACGGGAACUGAAGACGAGGGACCGAUGUCUGGAUAUAGCUCAGGAUUCUUUUCGGACAGCUCUUCAAGUUCGAUGGAGAGAAGCCCAAGAAACCUCGCUGGAAUGAAUCGAGCAGAACCAUUUGCAUUGGACCCACUACCAGUGGAACCACGUUCACCAAAUGCAGAUACAGACUGGAUUAAAGAAGUCCAAGGUAGCAAUGCAUUCAUUGAAGGACUUUCUCAAAACAAAGGUGGCGUUUUGAGCAACGAACCAGCAGAUUGUGUGGAAUUUCAAAAGGGAGCCAUAGUAAAUGAAAAAGAUAUCGAGGAAAAUAUGUUGGCUGGAAAAAUUGUCGUUAUCAGAUCUGUCAAUAAAGCUGCAAUCGGGCUUGUUUUGCCUGAUGUCACUCUUGAUAAUGUUGCUAAGCUGUUCAAAGGAAGUGAUGGUGAAUACAAAGUCCGUAAUUCAAAGACUGGUCAAUUCGCCCAUAUGACCAUUCCAAAAAUGAUCGAAUACAUGAAAGAAAACGAAAAAUGUAUUGAGAACGACAAUGUGAAUAUUAUGAAUUUGCUUUCAUUUGAAUGCACCAAAAUCACAAGAGUUAGUAGUACUAUUAAACUUCCACUAUUUGUGCAGAACCUGAGUAUGAUCAAACAAUUAAAAGCUGCAAUCAACGAACGGUUCGGCACACUGAAAACGGGAUCUUUCGCUACGUCAGAUGCUACUCCAAGAGAAAGAGAGUGGUUGAAGAAGCUUAAAAAUCAUAUUCCGUCAUACGAGAACUUCUACAUUAUUUCUAUGAAAGGAGCAUUCACAGAUCUGCAUGUAGAUUUUGGAGGAACAUUUGUUUAUUAUUUCGUUCAUGAUGGAAAGAAAGUGUUCUAUGUUGCUCCACCAACUGCGGAAAACAUUGAGGCGUACAGACAACUAGAGAUCACCGGAAAAUCGAUGUGGACAGACAAUCCGAAGAUGUUGAAAAACUUUCGAAAAAUUGAGUUGAAUCCUGGAGAUCUUGCUUUCAUUCCAACACAGUGGUUGCAUUUUGUCUACACUCCUUGCAAUAGUCUUGUAUAUGGAGGAAAUUUCCUCACGGAGUCAAAGCUCAAUGAGCAUUAUAAAAUGAUGGAAAUUGAAGAGGAAUGCCUGAAAAACAAAUCUGGCAAGAGUGAGGAAAUGUUUAAAAACUUCUGGGACAUGCAGUUCGCAUAUUUGAAAUUGGUUUACUUGAACGGCGCAAUCAGCAUGCGUAAGGCAAAUGUGCUUUUGUUGGGGUCCUACCAGUCCGUUGGAUAUCAGUUUUUGACAACCUUGAUAGAAAAGAUUCAUGAGCCAACUAUCAAUGGCCUCUUCUCUACUGACGACAAAACAGAAUUAUUGAAUAUGCUUGAGAGAGUCUUGUCGAAGAAAAAGUUUGAUAUGAAAAAGCCAUUCAAAUCUGAGUUCACUCCAAAAUUGGUCGGGAAACAAACGUCGUCAAAUCCAGUCGAAGCACUCUCAAUCAAAAGAAAGGCGGAAAUGAAGAGCCCGAGUGAAAUCCCGUCCACAAAAAAACCAUUCAAAGAGUAA